GGUGCGUGGCCUGCCGGGAGGCGGAAGCGGAAGCGCGAGUCUCCUCAGGAGCGAUGGCUGCCGGGGGUCUCAGCCGGUCCGAGCGCAAGGCAGCGGAGCGGGUCCGGAGGUUGCGAGAGGAGCAACAGAGAGAGCGCCUCCGCCAGGUGUCGCGCAUCCUGAGGAAGGCGGCGACCGAGCGCAGCGCCGAGGAGGGCCGGCUCCUGGCCGAGAGCGAGGACCUGGUGACCGAGCUGCAGGGCCGGAGCAGGCGGCGCGAGGGCCUGAAGCGGCGGCAGGAGGAGGUGUGCGACGACCCGGAGGAGCUGCAGAGGAAAGUCCGGGAGCUGGCCAGCGCCGUCCGCAAUGCCAAAUACCUGGUCGUCUACACGGGCGCAGGGAUCAGCACGGCAGCCUCUAUCCCAGAUUACCGGGGCCCUAAUGGAGUAUGGACACUGCUUCAGAAGGGAAGAAGUGUUAGUGCUGCUGACCUGAGUGAGGCUGAGCCAACCCUCACCCACAUGAGCAUCGCCCGCUUACAUGAGCAGAAGCUGGUGCAGCAUGUGGUGUCUCAGAACUGCGACGGGCUCCACCUGCGAAGCGGGCUGCCCCGCUCAGCCAUGUCGGAGCUCCACGGGAACAUGUACAUUGAAGUGAGCGAUCCCUCAGGGACUCGGGCCUGGGCAGGCCAGCGGCUCCCACUCACGGGCCCUACCUUUCCUCAGGUCUGCACGGCCUGCACUCCCAAUAGGGAGUAUGUGCGGGUGUUUGAUGUGACGGAGCGCACUGCCCUGCACCGGCACCAGACCGGCCGCACUUGCCACAAGUGUGGAGGCCAACUCAGGGACACCAUCGUGCACUUUGGGGAGAGGGGGACGCUGGGGCAGCCUCUGAAUUGGGAGGCAGCCACCCAGGCUGCCAGCAAAGCAGACACUAUCCUGUGUUUAGGCUCCAGCUUAAAGGUUCUAAAGAAGUAUCCACACCUCUGGUGUAUGACCAAGCCCCCCAGCCGGCGGCCCAAGCUCUACAUUGUGAACUUGCAGUGGACCCCGAAGGAUGACUGGGCUGCCCUGAAGCUGCACGGCAAGUGUGAUGACGUCAUGCAGCUCCUCAUGGAUGAACUGGGCCUGGAGAUCCCCCGUUACAGCAGGUGGCAGGACCCCAUCUUCUCCCUGGCGACUCCCCUGCGUGCUGGUGAAGAAGGCAGCCACAGUCGCAAGUCACUGUGCAGAAGCCGAGAGGAACCUGGGCCUGGGGACCGGGGUGCACCACUUAGCUCAGCCCCCAUCCUGGGUGGCUGGUUUGGCAGAGGCUGCACCAAACGCACAAAAAGGAAGAAAGUAACGUAACCUGGUGCUUGACCAAGGACAAUGAUGGCACUUUGAAAAUGGCCGGGACUCUUGUUCAGGGGCAGGUGGCACCAUUAAUGCCAGGACUGCCCCCUGUGAAUUAUCUGGGGGUGACAUUUUCACCCUGACAUGUUUAGCCAUUUGUCCUCGUGGGAAGCCCCCUUGCACUGCUGUGGUUGCCCCCUGCAUGGGCCUAAUGAUGGAGGAGGCCUUGCUCAAGCGGCCUCUUCCUAAAGAGGUGGCAGUCACACACCCUCUGUGAGAACAGAACUCCGGUUAUUUCACACCUGGCCAGCUAAGAGGAAGCACAAGGCUGCCUUACCUCAUUCACCAGGCCAGUCUCAGGGGCAUCAACCCAAUUUCUACUACUUCUUACUGAAAACGUUAAGUUUAUAAAAGCCUUUUUCUGUAUUGAGUAUGCUGCAAAGGGGUGAUUUUUGAGCCUUGGCUCUCAGCAGGCCUUUUUAUUGUUAUUAAACAUCUCUGCACUGUC